CUUCCGGCCAAUUGCAGCCGCCGUUGUUUCCGAUUACUCUUCUUCUAUCUUCCUCGCUCGCGCGAGAUCUCCACAAUUCGCCUCUGCCAUCGAUCUUUUACGUUUCAGAUCUCUCGUCGCUUCGGCGGCCGACAAUUCAACCUUUUCUCCCUCGCGUUGCUUUGAUUACUUCUUCCCUCGUUUUUGUUUUGGGUAAUACCGGGCUGGUCGUGCCGGGAUUUGUCAGCAUAUUUCGGGGAUCGAGGUUUUUGUUUGGGGGGGCUUUCAGUAUGCAGCGGCCUAGCAGGUACGAGCGGCAAGGGACGAUGACAAGGGAGAAGCGCGGGUUGGACGCUGGCGAUGACGACAGCUUGCACCCCGAGCCCAAGCGACCCAAGGUCCCGGCCCUUGCGAGUGUGAUUGUUGAAGCUUUGAAAAUGGACAGUCUGCAGAAAAUUUGCUCAUCAUUGGAGCCCAUUCUUCGAAGAGUUGUCAGUGAAGAAGUUGAACGAGCCUUAGCGAAGCUAAGUCCUCCAAAAAUUGGUGGAAGGUCUUCACCGAAGCAAAUUGAAGGUCCUGAUGGAAGAAAUCUCCAGCUUCAUUUCCGGACAAGACUAUCCUUAUCCCAUUUUACUGGAGGAAAAGUAGAAGGGGAACAGGGAGCUGAAAUUCAUGUUGUGUUGAUUGAUGCAAACACUGGCCAUGUUGUCACAUCAGGACCUGAGUCGUCUGCAAAACUAGAAGUUUUAGUCCUUGAGGGUGAUUUUAACAAUGAAGACAAUGAUGAUUGGACAGAAGAAGAGUUUGACAGUCACGUAGUGAAAGAACGCGAAGGAAAAAGGCCUCUUUUGACUGGAGACUUAUAUGUCUCAUUGAAAGAAGGUGUAGGAACCCUUGGAGAGCUCACAUUUACAGACAAUUCUAGUUGGAUACGGAGUAGGAAAUUUAGGCUUGGACUGAAGAUUGCUUCAGGUUUCUGUGAUGGUAUUCGAGUCCGUGAAGCGAAAACAGAAGCUUUCACUGUGAAGGACCACAGAGGGGAAUUGUACAAGAAACACUAUCCACCUGAAUUGAAAGAUGAAGUCUGGAGGUUGGAAAAGAUUGGUAAGGAUGGUUCAUUCCACAAGAGGUUGAAUAAAUAUGGAAUCUUUACAGUUGAAGACUUUCUCAGACUUGUUGUUAGGGAUCCCCAGAAACUCCGCAAGGUUCUUGGAAGUGGUAUGUCCAAUAAGAUGUGGGAGAGUCUUGUGGAGCAUGCCAAGACUUGUGUCUUAAGUGGAAAGUACUAUGUAUAUUAUUCUGAUGACACAAGGGAUAUUGGUGCAAUUUUCAAUAACAUUUAUGAGUUUUGUGGCCUGAUUGCUGGUGGGCAGUUCUAUUCUGCUGAAAACCUGAAUGACAAUCAGAAGGUCUUUGCAGAUGUGUUGGUCAAGAAGGCAUAUGAUAAUUGGAUGCAUGUCAUAGAAUAUGAUGGUAAGGCUCUUCUGAACUUUACCAAAAAAAAGAAAGCCCCAUCAGAUUCUUCAAAUGAUCAUGAAGAGUCUCAAGUCAACCUACAAGCUUCGUUUCCUUUGGAGCAUCCUUUGGUUGAUAUGGGAGGAAGUACCAUAACUGCUGUUUAUAGUGGAAAUGAAGGGGUUACAUAUUCAAGUAGUCCUCCAAACGUAGCUUCUGAGACAAACAUGCAGUAUGAAAGCGCCUGCUUCACACCACAGAAUGAGGCAAUUGGCUCCGCUCAACAGAGCUUAAUUACAAGAAAUGAUAGUACAAGUCUGGCACUGGCUCUACCACAGCAGACAAGCAUUGGAUUCCAACCAUCAAGCCACUCCAUGGAGCAUUCAGGCUUGAACAUAUAUGAUGACUGGUCUGGUCAGCAGGACAGCCGCUGUAUGGAUGAUUUCUUCUCUGAGGAAGAGAUUCGCUUGAGAAGCCAUGAGAUGCUGGAGAAUGAGGAUAUGCAACAUUUGCUCCGAACCUUCACCAUGGGUGGAGCUUCUGUCGGUCUCCCUGAAGAUGGAUAUGGCUUUCCGCCGUAUAUGCCUUCGCCAUGUCCUAACUUCAACUUUGAUGAUGAAAGGAAUCGUUCAUCUGGUAAAGCAGUUGUCGGUUGGCUCAAGAUCAAGGCAGCUAUGAGGUGGGGCAUUUUCGUCAGGAAAAAGGCUGCUGAGAGAAGGGCAGCUCAGCUUGUUGAACUAGAAGAAUAGCAAUAUAUAUCAUAUAGGGUUAUACAUUAUUGUGUGGCUGAUUAUGUCGUAAAAUAGCUUUUAUAUCUUACACGGAUAAUGAUGCAGACUGGAGGUUUCAAAUAGGAUUCUUAGUCAAAGCUGACAAUUGCAAGUCACCGAGGCUCUACAUUAUAGUUCUCACCUGCAGCUAUCUUAUUCUGUGACUGUCUGUUGUUGAUUCAGCAAACCCUGAAAUGCCCUGCAAUAUGUACUGCAGCUGCAGAUUUUGAUGGCUUCUGAAUCUCUAUCUACUGCCAAGUUAAUAACGAGUAGAUCCUUGGUGGCGGGCACUUCUAUGUUGGAAUGCCAAUGGUUGGAAUGUUGGAUUGCCGUGCAAGACAGUUGAAAUUUACUUCAUCCAACAUGUUCUUGAAUGUGAAAGCAGGUACCCGGAGGCAAAAGAAUUUGGUCCUAAAACCAUUUCCAGAUACAUUCACAUCAUUUCUGUGAAAAAUGAUCUUGGAUGUCCCGGUAUCUACUUCUCUGAUUCUAGAAAGUUUGCUAUGCCAUGCUGUUGUGGUCUGUACAAUUUCAAGAUUGUUGUCCUGCCUACAUAUAUUUAUUAGUUAAUGUGCUAAUAUUGCUUUAUGCAGCUAGCAAUGAUAAAUUCUUUUGAUGUUUCUUUGAGUA